AUUUUAGGAAUCGUAAAGUUUUAUGCCUUUGCCAGUCUGAAUUUAGAAGUUUGACUUCGUUAAAAAAGUUGGACUGUCAAAAUUGUCAAAAGGUCCUAGACAGACGAAAGUACAAAAAGAUGCUGACCACUAGACUUAUGGGCGGUUUGAAGGCGGCGCAGACCUCUGUGAUGGUCACCAGGAACCUGGCGGCCGCACAGAAGGCCACCGACCCCAUCCAGCAGCUGUUCCUCGACAAAAUCAGGGAAUACAAGCAGAAGAGCAGCAGCGGCAAGCUGGACGUCAGCCCAGCCAUCGCCAAGGAGAUGAAGACCGAACUGGAGAAGCUCGAGAAGCAGUACGGUGGUGGUCCCGGAGUCGACAUGACCUCAUUCCCCUCAUUCAAGUUCGAGGAACCCAAGCUGGACCCCAUCAACGAACAGCCUCUGUCCAAGUGAACAACCUAGGGCGCUCUGUCAUGGUAUAUUUAUAAGUGUAUAAUAAAGUCAUUGGAUUAGACAGUCUG